AUGACUUCCUCCGACGAAAGAACUUUCGAUAGCGUUGGCGCCGUUUGCCGCGGUGAACUCCUCGCACGUGAGGAAAAAGAACACCAUCGCCUGAGACAAGAAGUGGAAACGUUCAAGUCACAGUUGGUAGAUCUCGACAGAGUGGUCCGGCAAUUGCAAGAAGCCAAAAGCAAGAAGAAGUCUAACUCUUCCAGCAAGGCCAAGCGAUCUCAUGCCAUCAAACGAUCUCAACACGCCAGCAAAAGGAAGAAACGUAGUGGCGGUGCCUCUGAUGACAGAACGUUCGACAGCGAAGGUGCCGUUUGCGGCAUUGUUGAUAUCUGUGAAGUCAAACAGGAGACCAUCCUGGACCCAUAUGGGGAACAGGGCGUCUACACAGGCUUUCUCUUAGAGUCCACUGGUAUGCCGCAUGGCAAAGGCCGCAUGGACUACGGAAAUGGUUGCUGGUAUGAAGGUGACUGGAAGCAUGGAAGAUGGACUGGAAGAGGAAGGCUCUCUAACGGAGAUGGGGAUCUCUAUGAAGGAGAGCUCCGCAAUGAUCAUAAGCAUGGAAAGGGAACCAUGUGCUUCACAGAUGGCCGAGCGUUUGUUGGCGAAUACCACAACAGUCAGAUGAUAGAAGGAAGGAUGACCUAUCAAGAUGGGUCAACAUACGAAGGCAGCUGGGCUGAUGGCCAGAGACACGGUAGAGGCAAGUGCGUCUUUGUUGAUGAUUCUGUCUAUGAAGGUGAAUUUUUUGAAGGAGAGUUCCAUGGAAAUGGCAGAAUGUCUUGGACUGAUGGUGCUUGGUAUGAAGGAGAAUGGUUGAAUGGAGAGAUGCAUGGGAUACUAGGGAAGGAAAUCCGCCCAGAUGGUUCUGUCCGUCACGAAGGAGCAUGGUCUCAAGGUCAGCCAGAGCAAAAGUGGAAAUCGGUCCGAAAAGGCGGCGGAGACCUUGAAGCAGGCACAUGGUCCAAGGAACCGCUCCUGGACGACACCAACAGCUACACAAACCGAACUGAACGAAUUGGGAAGAUGGAAAUCAUCCAAAGCGGUCUAUUAUGCCUGUUUCGGAUUGUGGGUUGUGUCAUUUGCAAAAAGAUGUGCUGCUUGCUCCAGAGUUGGCGCCAUCGCACCAAACACCUUUCCGACGUUUGCACCGGUGAAGGAGACGACGAGACCACGGCUAGUACCAUCCUGCUCGAUGUGUUCGAAGAUGAUGCCUAA